AUGGCUCGUCUUGUCGGUGCACCGGAGGGACCUGUGGAACUGGCAGAAGCCGACUAUCGGAGGUUCGUGUCUGACGCACGAAACCAGAUGCUCACGCUGGCCAAGGCCUCGAAGCCUUUCACGUUAGAUCAGUCGGGCAAUGCCGGCUCCAUCUAUGGCAUUGGGAGGCGGGAGUAUCAACGGCAGCAUGGCCGACUGAACCUGUCACGUCUCCGUGGCAUCAUGGCGUUCGACUCCACGGCCCGGACUGUGACGGUUGCUGCAAAGACGGAUUUCAAGACACUCAGCCGAUACUUACUCGAUCGCGGCUUCAUCGUCCCAGUCGUCCCAGAGGUGGACACCGUCACUGUGGGUGGAGCCAUUUCUGGCGUUGUUAUGGAGGCCGCAAGUUUCCGGCAUGGCUUCGUGCACAACACUGUGCAGGGCAUGGAAGUGCUCCUGCCAGAUGGACAAGUGGUUUUCUGCAGUCGAGAGGAGCGCCCCGAGCUCUUUAGAGCUAUUCCACACUCAUACGGCACGCUCGGCUAUGUGCUGAGUGCACAAUUGCUGGUCGUGCCAGCCGAGAUGGAAGUGAUGGUGACGAUACAGGAGGUUUCAACGCCCAAGGAGGCCGUGGACGGCAUUUCCAAAGCGAUCCGCGAUCCCGCAGUGGAUUUUGUGGAAGGAAUUCUCUUCGGCCCUGAUCGUGCGUUGACGAUGACCGCGUCGAUGCGUUCACCGGCGUCUCUUGAAGCUCUGGCUUUGCCCAUGGUGGUCUUGCCAGACGACGGCAGGUACAUAGACGUGGUGUGCAAGCAGCUGGAUACGAGCCGAGCAGACUGGCAUUCGAAGAAUGUGUCCUGCGCUUUCCGCAUGUCCACCUUCGAUUUCUUGUAUCGCUGGGAUUGUGACAUCUUCUGGGCAACGCGCCGCACAGGCUUCCUUGGGGUCCCAGCUGUGAGGCAAUCUCUGGGCAGGGCCUGCUUGCGCUCGAAGGUCCUUUGGCCAGUCGGGACUUUUUUGCGGGGGACCAAGGAAGUGGUCUCUCAGCUGGCUUGGAAUAUCUUCGGAGAAGCAGGGCAGCAGCUGGGCUUCAACAAGCCAACGGAGCGCAUCAUCCAGGACCUAGGCGUGCGCUUUGAGCAGGUUCCGGCUUUUGCCAAAGAUCUCGAAGCACAUGCUGAACUGCCGUUUUGGAUGUGUCCCAUCAAAUGCCGUGGCCUUGUCGAAGAGCAGCCUUUGUUCCCGCUCCCGGAAGACGCCGACUACGUAAUGGAUGUGGCCAGCUUUGGCGCCGUGCCUCAGGACAUGAAGAGCGGGGAUCCGCUGUUCCACAAUCGGGGCAUCGAGCGCGUGCCGGGGCCUGGGCACUCGCUGCAGUCUUUGCGGGUUGGGAGAGCACGCUUCCGGUUGCAGAAGUAUGAUGGCAUGAAGGCGUUCUAUUCCGACGUGUUGUACUCCCGCAAGUACUUGUACAAGAAGUUCAAUGGGCCGUCUUACGAUCGUCUGAAGUCCAAGUUCGACCCGAAGGGAGUGCUGCCGACCUUGGUCAAGUCCAUUGUCCGAUUGUCACCUGCAAAGUUAAAGUCGUCUUACGUAUUGCGCACGGGCUUGUGUGUGGGGCUGGGUGGCGGGUGUGUGGAUCCGGACAACGAGUUCCUUACCGCCGCAGUGUCCUGCGCAGCAGCCCUGACCAUGGGCCUCAUCGUGCAGAGUGUAAAGACUGGUGCGAGCGAAGAUGACCGAUCCAAUCUGAGAAUGAAUGCAACGGCCCUGGUGCCCCUCAUGGAGCGACAACGCUCCAUCAAGGCAGCGCUGGAAGACUGCAUGGCCUGGCUUCAGGCACUCGAGGCGCAGAAGGUGGAAGCGUCCAUGCAGACCGCAAGUACCUCGUUGGCUCCCAGAUUCGUGCGAACUGUGCAGCGACUCGAUCUGACUGAGAAAGAGGUGCGAGCUCUGGAGCACAUCUUGGUCAUGCAGUGCCUGCCGGAGUGGGUGCGGGAAGUGAAGUUCGUGAUGGAGAUGGCUGAGUAUGCGAAGUUGAGCCCUAGUGAGAUGCUCCACUUCGCGAGCAAGAGCCGGAAGCAUCGCAAGCAGGGAUUGAUCGCGGAGGUAACUGUCUCCUUCUUGUCCCUGGCGGAUGUCGAGAGGAAUGUCGAGGACGAACCGCUCGGCACUCGAGCAGUCCUCAGUCCGGAGGCUGCAAAAGCUCUGACUGGCGGCGAGCUCUCAGUUGCGGAGCUGUUGAAGGUCGAUGAAUCCUCUGCUUUGUCGGAGGCCCUGCGCGAGGAAGGCCUCACCACACACGGGGCAGAGAAGGAGGCUGGGCAGAGUGCCGAGGGCGACGAGCCCCCGCAGGACGAUGCAGCUGGCCGCGGGAAGAAGAGGCGCCGAGAGGCUGACGAACAUGCACAGGCAGAGCCGGAAGAUCCGAAGGAGGCUUCCUUGCUUCCUUGCUUGGCUUGGGAAGGACGGCGAAAGGGUUGUGGAGGGAGAAGAUAG